AUGAAUGAUGAUCUACUUGGUAAUUACCUUUCUCAAGAUCGAAACAAAUUGUCAUCACGAAUAAUUCAAGAAGUUGCUUCAAGUACUAUUAUUGAAAAUUUAACAGCUGAAUGGUGGACAUUAAAUUUAUCUCAAACAGUUAUUAAUGAUUUACUUGAAAAUCUUAUUCCAUUAGUAGUUUUAGCUUGUGAAAAAGUUAUUAAUGAAGCAGAUGAACGCCAUUUAAUUGAAACAACAAUACCAGAUCGUUCGUUUAAUCCAAUUAAUCGUUUAGCAUCAUUUUUAAUGCGUAAUAAUCCAAAAUAUAUGCAUUAUUCAUCAUUAUCACCAUAUCAUUAUUCAAUGAAAUCAUUAUUAAAUACAAAAAAGAUUCAAGUAUUAAAAGUCUAUGGUGAAGAAGAAACAUUAUUACGUACAAUACUUAAACAAAGACAAAAUGAACGUAGUCAACAAUACGAUAAUAUUAGUAAAGAAGAAGAACGACGUAAAAAUUUACUUAGAACACUCUUUUUUGAUUGGAAUGUACCCGAAAGAGGAUGGAUUCAAACUAGAUUGGUAAUUAUAUUUAUUUUGAAUAUUAGAAAAUAA